AUAUAUAUUAUAUAUUAUAAAUAAACGCAUGUCAAUAUCAAAGUUCGUCUCUUUUACGGCUUUUCAUUCGAUAGUUUAACAAAGAGAAAGAACCACCACCAAAGCUCAAAAUUCUCUCACGUUCGGUUCGGUCUUCAAUGGCGUAUAGAAGGUGUUUGCAGCUGAAUCAUGUUCUGGGCAGAGUUGGUUUUGGCGCAACAAGGACUCUCACUGCUGUCCCUAAACCCCAGCCCUCUUCUUCGUCUUCCCAAGACCUCAUCAACUCUGAACAAGAGUUCAGUGCUCACAACUAUCACCCAAUACCAGUUGUGUUCUCUCAGGCAAAGGGAUCAUGUAUAUGGGAUCCGGAAGGCAAACGGUAUCUAGACUUUCUCUCUGCUUAUUCUGCAGUUAAUCAGGGACAUUGUCAUCCAAAAAUCAUGAAAGCAUUACAAGAACAGGCAGAAAGGCUCACCCUUAGCUCUCGAGCAUUCCAUAAUGAUAAAUUUCCAAUAUUUGCUGAGCGUCUAACAGAAAUGUUCGGAUAUGACAUGGUGCUGCCUAUGAACACUGGUGCUGAAGGUGUAGAAACAGCUCUGAAGUUGGCCAGGAAAUGGGGUUACGAGAAGAAGAAAAUUCCGAAAGAUAAGGCUAUCAUCGUAUCAUGCUGUGGAUGCUUCCAUGGUCGUACGUUAGGCGUCAUCUCAAUGAGCUGUGACAAUGAGGCAACCCGAGGCUUUGGACCCUUGUUGCCUGGUCAUCUCAAAGUUGAUUUUGGUGAUUUGGUAGCCCUUGAAAAAGCUUUUAAAGAAAAUGGAGAUCGGAUAGCUGGAUUUUUGUUCGAACCCAUCCAAGGGGAAGCUGGGGUUGUUAUUCCCCACGAUGGUUAUUUAAAAUCUGUAAGAGAGCUUUGCUCAAAAUACAAUAUUUUAAUGAUUGCUGAUGAAAUCCAAUCGGGCUUAGCUAGAUCGGGAAAAUUGCUGGCUUGUGAUUGGGAAGAAGUUCGCCCAGAUGUAGUGAUAUUAGGAAAAGCCUUGGGUGGUGGAGUGAUCCCUGUAAGUGCAGUUCUUGCAGACAAAGAUGUGAUGCUCUGUAUCCGACCUGGAGAGCAUGGAAGUACCUUUGGCGGGAAUCCAUUGGCCAGUGCAAUUGCCAUUGCGUCGCUUGAUGUGAUCAAAGAUGAGAAACUUUCUGAGAGAUCUGCACAACUAGGACAGGAACUUAUGAAUCAGCUACUUAAAAUUCAACAGAAAUUCCCCGACUACAUUAAGCAAGUUCGAGGAAGAGGCUUGUUCAGUGCCAUGGAGCUUAACAGUAAGAACUUGUUCCCAGUUUCUGCUUAUGAUUUAUGUCUUAAGUUGAAGGAAAGAGGAGUUCUCGCAAAGCCUACGCAUGACACUAUUAUCAGAUUAACUCCACCACUGACAAUGAGUUUGGAUGAGCUCCAAGAAGGGUUAAAUGCCCUUCAUGAUGUUCUGGAACUGGAUCUACCAGAAAUGAAAAAGACAAAGCCAAAGCCAAAAGAUACCUCUUCAAGUGCUUCUUCUAACACAUGUGACCGUUGUGGAAGAGACUUGUAGGCUUCUCCAGACAAAGAAGACCUCUUGAGUUAAUGAGUGAGCGUUUUCAUUUAUGAAAACUUAGAUAAUAAUAUUUGGCUAAUAAUAUGGAAACUCUCUCUAGUAAAACUUCAUAUAUUAAAUAUAUUAUUAUUAUUAUUAUUAUUAUAUGUUUAGAUAAGCCUAAGACAUGGGUCUCACUCAUUCUAUUAAUGUUAAUUUCCUCAUUUUGCAGCCCUUCAUUGAUGAUUGGAGAAUCUAGAAUUAGUUUAGAUCAUGUUCACAGUUACUCUUGAGUUUAAAUCAAUUCCAUUUUAAGUGUGAGCUACA